GACAUACCGAGAAGAGAUGAACAACGAAACAGGCAUAGAGGUUAAGCCCGGAAACUCUUAUGGUGAAGUCUGAAGAGAAGUGGAGGAGCACAAAGACAUUUAUUGUCAAAACUAUGCGUGACAAGAUCCUCGAGAGCCGGAGAUUUGGUAGCAACGAGUGAAAAAAAUUAGCCAGGAAGGUAUCCGCAAGGACAGGGAUGGCGGAAGAGUCGCUAACAUGACUUAAAAGGGGCCUCUGCUCACGAUGUUAAACCUUUAACGGGCUGUACCGUGAACAAAUCCAUAGGCCCAGGAAAAGGAGAUCGUCCUUCCAACAAUGAAGAUCAUCACUCUGUUCCUUACCUCCACGUGUUUCAUGGUUCUAAUCAAUGCAAUGGAACAUUCUAAAUCGGAAUAUUCUGAAUCAGAAACUGAUGAAGCGGAGAAUGAUGGAACGGAAAAUGAAGCUGAAUUAGUUCUACCAACCGAACAUUAUGAUUAUAUUCGUGCAGGAUCCAUGCUUUCUGUAAUGAUUGCAGGUAAUACGUAUAUUGAAAAAGGAUUACUUUAUGAAAAGCCUAAUAACCAGUGGGAUUAUUGGGUCGUCUACAAUCAUCCAAGUCAAUCUGCCACACAAGAUAGUGCGUAUAUAUCAGUUGUUGAUCCUGUUCUGCAUACACCUGGCCAAACACGAAGGCGAAAACAUUUCGCUGCACGUCUCUAUCGUCACAAUAAUGUCAAUGGUUAUGUUAAUCCAACAUCCCAGUGUUUUGUAAUAAACGGGUUAUAUGUUUAUCAUGCAACACUAACAUUUCGGUCGUUCACAUUGAGAGGUUUACCUAGUCGGGUCUAUGUACGCGCUGAAUAUAAUCACAAUGGAUUAUACGUAUUUUUCGGGAGGCUGACACCGUGGAUCCCUCCUCACCAGCACUAUCAUUUUUAAAACUCGUUUUAAGGAACUAGCCCAUAGGACAUCUAGACAUUAACAACAAUGUUCAUAUGGAAAUGAUGUGUAAUUUUUUUCUUCAGUAGAAAAAGAGAAUAGGACAUGUUUGGAUAAGUCACUUUUUCAGUGGAAUUACCAUUAAAAAAAGUGUCCAAUCAAAAUGUAUCUUACAG